CUCACAGGGCUCGGAGGGAAGCAUCCAAAGCCAGCUGGUCUGGCUUUGAGGUACAUCAAUGGGCAGAGUGACACUGUAGCGGCCAGGAAAGAAGAGGAAGAGUUGCAGACAGAGCGGAAGGAAGAGAUAAAGAAAGUCAGUCCGUGCAGGAAGAAAGGUGAAGAUUGGAACAGCAGGUUCUGUUUGCACAGCAUCAACAGAUUGUGGUGUGGUCUGCUGUAGAGCAAAGAGCACACCAAGAAGAGUGAGUGAGCGCACACAAGAAGAGGGAGACCGCUGCACAAUGUACUAGAAGAGUGGGGGAAGAAAGUGUGAAGUUUUUCUGAUAUUGUUGAGGUGCCGGAAAGGCCGGAAAGGACACAGCUAUGGGGCGGAAGAAGAUACAGAUCACCAGAAUCAUGGAUGAGCGGAACAGACAGGUUACCUUCACCAAGAGGAAGUUCGGCUUGAUGAAAAAGGCCUAUGAGCUCAGCGUACUAUGUGACUGUGAGAUAGCCCUCAUCAUUUUCAACAGCUCUAACAAACUGUUCCAGUAUGCUAGCACAGACAUGGACAAAGUGUUGCUGAAAUACACAGAGUACAACGAGCCCCAUGAGAGCAGAACCAACUCUGACAUUGUAGAGGCGCUAAACAAGAAAGAACACAGAGGUUGUGAUAGCCCGGACCCAGAUGCCUCAUAUGUCCUCACUCCUCACACAGAAGAAAAGUAUAAAAAAAUUAAUGAGGAGUUUGAUAAUAUGAUGAGAAAUCAUAAAAUCCCCGCAGCAUUGCCUCAGCAGAACUUCUCCAUGCAUGUGGCAGUGCCCGUAUCCAAUCCCAAUGCCAUGUACCAGGGAGGGGGGACCCUGGCCAGCCAGACCCUGGCGGCCGCCACAGCCUCUAUGAGCGAGAGCGGGAUGCUGUCCCCUCCACAGGCCUCUCUGCACAGGAAUGUUGGCUCCAGUGGAGGCUCUCAGAGGCCCAACAGUGCAGGCAGCGCAGGUGACAUGCUGGAUACCACAGACCUUUCAGUGCCAAGUGGUGCGGGCUCCAGCCCAGCGGGGAACGGUUUCGUGAACCCCAGGGGCUCGCCCGGCCUCCUCAGCACAGCCAGCGGCAACGGCCUGGGUAAAGUCAUGCCCACCAAGUCUCCGCCGCCCCCGGGAGGGAACAUGGGAAUGGGAAGCCGCAAGCCAGACCUGAGGGUCGUUAUCCCUCCAUCGAGCAAAGGGAUGAUGCCCCCACUGUCGGAGGAGGAGGAAAUGGAUUUGAACACUCAGAGGAUAAGCAGCUCUCAGUCCGCCCAGCCACUGGCCACUCCAGUAGUGUCUGUUACCACCCCCAGCUUACCCCCACAGGGUCUGGUCUACUCAGGCAUGCCCACGUCCUACAACCCCGCUGAGUACUCCCUGAGCAGUGCAGAGAUCUCGUCCCUACAGGGCUUCAGCUCUCCCGGGCUCUCGCUGGGCUCCAUGUCGGCAUGGCAACAGCAUCAACUGGGCCAGGCAGCUCUUAAUUCUUUGGUGGGCGGAGGUCACCUGCCUCAGGGUUCCAACCUGUCCAUCAGCACCAGCCAGAGCGUGAACAUCAAGUCCGAGCCCAUUUCGCCACCGCGGGAUCGCGUCACCCCGUCCGGCUUCCCCCCGCAACAGCCGCAGCAAGGCUCCAGCCGGCAGGAAGUUCUGGGACGCUCGCCCGCCGACAGCCUCAGCUCCUCUUGUAGCUCGUACGACGGCAGCGACCGUGAGGACCACCGGCCGGAUUUCCACUCCCCGCUGGGCCUCGGCAGACCCCCCGCCGGCUCCGAGGAGCGGGAGAGCCCGUCAGUCAAGCGCUUGCGCAUGGACACGUGGGUGACAUAAAGAGCCCAGAUCAGGCCUCCAGUCACCAGCUGGUCAGAGAGGGAGGGAGGGGUUCGACAUGGAGACGACAGUAAGAGCAAGGGUCCUUAGAGCUAUCAUUAUGAUACUAUUAUUCAACUCCACUUCAAUUUGUAAGACUGAAAUGUAAUGUAAUAAGACGUGUCAGGACAUAUCUAGCGCAAAAUCUCAAACUGAUACAAUCAGAUGGAAAAAAAAAAUUAAAAAUCUGUUAGCUGGACGGAAUUAUAUGCACAAGCAGGUGGUUUUAGGUACUUGGUGCAAUUCAGAUGACGUCUGCAAAAAGGAAGAUGUUCAGAGACAAUUGUUAGGCGGUAGAUUAUUGUAGUCACUGGUCUAGUCAGACACAUGUAGUUGCUGUUUUGCUGUUGUGCUCGCAAGUUGCAAACAAUCAGAGAAAGUUGUCUUGCUUUCCGCCUGAGGACCCUUACAUAUGACGUUCACUGCAAGAACUAUCUUUAAAAUCAUGCUGUAACCAUACAAAACCUUUUACUGAAGUGGCCUCAUUUAAUUUGUUGAUUCAGUGGGUCAGAAGAUACAGAGCACAGCGACCGAAGUUCAAUCAGAUAUACAGGAAUUUUGGUCCAUAAUUGCAGAAGUUGAGACUACUUAAUUGAAUAGAAACAAGAAAAAAAAAAAUGUUGGAGAUAAAAACAAAAUAGCCACAGAAUUUAUU